ACUCUCUCUUCUCCUUUUUCUCUUUCCUUGCCUCUUUGACUCUUUCUCUCUUCUCCUUUCCUUUUUUGGCAUGAAGCAUUCCCAUUGAUUGCAGAACUGUCUUGGAGGGUUUUUCCAUGCCAUUUUCAUGGAUAAACCGUUUGACUUGACUUCCUUUUUUUAGCAUACUACCCAUUUUUUCAUGGAUAAACGGUUUAUCCAUUUUCAUGGAUAAACCGUUUGACUUGACUUCCUUUUUUUAGCAUACUACCCAUUUUUUCAAUGUUUUAAAAAUAUCCAGAUCAAUGUACAAGUUUUACUCCGCAGUGUGCACGUUAGUAAAGCAUGAAGCAUUGACAUUUUGGGUAAUGAGAAAGAUUUACCACCUUCGAUCAUCUUUCCCUUUAUAUUCGCUCUGAACAUUGUGUUAAAGAUGGUUUGAUUGAAGCUCGUAUCAGUGGAUAUUUGGUAGAGAAAUUGAUUAAUUAUCGAUCGUUCAGCAAUGUGCUGAUCACUUCAUGAAUGUGCUUUUUGAUAUAUAAUAAGGUGGGUGCUAAUUGAAUCGACUUGGAGUUAUGGGGUUCGAAGAGACGUUUACAGCUUAUUUAGUGGGAGAUAAAAGGAAGGAUCCGAAGAACAACAUGUGUCACUUUGAGUACAAGAAGCUCAAGAAUGAUUUGAACUUUUGCAGGCAUCAUCGACAUAUUGAAGCUUCCAUUGAUUCUCAUGGCGAUGAAAAUCCUGAAGAUGAUCUCAAUCAGAUUCCUCCACAUGAACCCUGCCAUCGGUGUGAAGGGAUAUUCUCAGAGUUAACGACUGAAGCUACGAAGAUGGCUGAUUAUAUUAGUUUGAGAGUCAGGAAACUUGUUCAUCUUCACUUUACUCCUGGUUUCCGAAGAUUCUUAUGGUGCUUGUUUCGUUAUUUCAAAGAUGAUCAAGAAGCACUCCUACGUAAGGGAUGGAUCCUAAUCCAAUUUAUGAUUAUGAAUGCUAUCGCCCUCAGGAAGAUUCUCAAGAAAUAUGACAAAGUGCAUGAAUCUGCAAGUGGUAUGAACUUUAAGUCCAAAUUACAAGCAAAACACUUGGAUGUGAUGCAAUCACCAUGGUUGAUUGAAUUAGUAGCUUUCUAUAUGAAUCUAAAGGGUUCAAACAGUUUGACUUCUGAUGAGCUUUUUGGUCAACUCUCUUACGAUCUCAAUAUCUCGGAUGAAGAGUCUUUACUGACAUUGACGCUUCUAGGUUCUGAAAAGCUGGAGUAUAGUCUCACAUGUCCUAUUUGCUUGGACAUUGUUUUUCAACCAUAUUCUUUGAGUUGUGGACACAUUUUUUGCAAGUCUUGUGCUUGUUUGGCAGCUGGUGUAUUGAUUAUUCAAGGGUUUAAGUUUGCAAAUCAAGAUUCCAAGUGUCCAGUUUGUCGAGAGAGUGGAGUGUAUGCUAAAUCAGUUUGCAUGUCCGAACUAGGUUUGCUCUUACAACGAAGGUAUAAAGAUGGAUUUAAGAAGAGACGAAUGGAAGAACGAGAAAAAAUAUUGAUUCAAACUAAAGAAUAUUGGGAGUUGCAAACAAGUUAUGUGAUGGGAUUAUGACAUUUGAAGUGUUGGAUUUGUUGGUUCUUUUUGCAAGAUUUAUUUUGUAUUCAAAAUCUAACGUAAUAAAUAAAUAAAGAUUUUUUUAUACAUGUUAUUUUUUGUAUUCUUUUUGGCGUAUUA